AUGUCCGUCAACGGGGUCGGGUAUAAGCGCGCAAGUCGCAAGGGAGCGCCGCGCAAGCCCGAUCUACUUGCCAGGCACAAGAAGCGUCACACGGCGUCCUACACCCCACGUAACCGCAUCCCCAGCUUCGACACGUCCGAGGACCGAAGCACCCUGCUCGACGCGUCGCCGAGGCAGCAACAUGCUGAAGUGACGGCGUCACGGCCAUCGUAUGACCAUCAUACACAUCCGCACUUGAGUGGCCCGCAUGAUGCGGCCAUUCUGCUGACACCAGAGUCCCACACGGAGCCGACUCCGUCGUCGUCGCUUAGGCACGCGUUGCACGGCCGGCAUAGUCACCAAAGCAGCGUCUGGCCGCCAAUGGAUGAGCAAUCACAUCCUCCUAUGAUGCGCCACCGGAACAGCUUCUAUGCUAGCGACCCAACGUCGAUACCAGAACCCGCCAGUUUGAUAUCCUUUCCCGCUGCGUCCUACCCUCCCGACAGCCAGAUGAACCAGAGCAACUUUGCCGCCUGGCUGUUUGAUCCCCAGACCACCUAUGGUGGCUUCAGUGUUUCCAGUCUCCCGUUUCUAGACGGUGGUCUGGAGUCGACGUUUAACAACACGAUACAGUACGACUACGAAUCGCUCAACAGUCUCUCCCCCAUCGCGCCUACACCACCCCGGUACUCGGAUGCGCCGGACGAAUGGAUAACGGAAGCAAAGCGCGCAGAGCUCCUGCAAUGGUUCCAAAUCUUUCGCAAAAAGCAGCCAAAAUACGACACUCUCAUGACUACGCUGACGCACGAGAGUGCUGGUGACUUGCCGGCGCUGAAUGUCGAGAUGCUCCGAGAUUGUCUCUACGAAUUCUUUGGCAGUGUGUCUCCACGGCUCCCCAUUGUACAUCAGCACACGUUCUCUGCCAAUCGCUGCUCGGUCUUUCUACUUCUGGUCAUGAUCGCUCUCGGUGCUGCUUCACUGAAGAACCGGGAUAGAACAGGCCAGCAAUCAGAAUACGGGGCCUUUGCGGAUGUCAUUAUUCACUCCGUUCGGUGGGAAAUCUUGACUUCGGACGACUCAGCACCUCCUGCGAAUCUUUGGGUAGCACAGGCUCUUUUGCUGGUAGAGUUCUACGAGAAACUGUACUCGUCCAGGCGAUUCCACGAGAGAGCGCACAUCUACCACCCCUCGUUUCUCACGCUGCUGCGCAGAGGCAGCCCCUUGAUCGGCAGAACAGGCAGCGAAUCCCCGGCCGAACCAGAGACACACAACGAACGGGGCCUGCCCGGGAUGCAUCUAGAUUCGCAUACAUGGUGGACGCGGUGGGCGGAAACAGAGUCGAUGCAUCGCGUCGUCUUUGCCGCCUUUAUGCUCGACAUUAUCCACGCCGCCAUUUUCGGCCACGCAGCAGACAUGGCAGCGCACGAAAUCCGCCUGCCUCUGCCCUGCGAUGACAAUCUCUGGGUGGCAAACAGCCCUGACGAGGUGCGCCAGCUGGACGCCAACUUCCGCAUGUACGGCUUCAAGCAGGUCUCCUUUCUAGACGGCCUCAAGAGUGCGCUGCACGGCAAGGAAGUCAAGACGCACUCCUUUGGACGCAUGAUUAUUAUUUCUGGUCUGCUGAGCGUGGGGUGGCAUCUCAGCCACCGGGAGACGCACCUCAAGUGGCUCGACCUGCGCACACCAUCGACCGAAGUGCAGGACAACUGGCGCAAGAUGCUCUUGCUCGCCUUUGACAACUGGAAGGGGAGCUUUGACGUGGCCAUGUCCGGGUCCAUGUCCGGGUCGCCGGGUGGCGGCUCCCACCGCGGCGGUGGCGGCCCAAAGCGCGGCCGCUCCAACGGUCCCAUCCACAGCGCGCAGUUGCUGUUCCACCUCGCGCACAUGACGCCCAACGUCGACAUCAUCGACUGCCAGGUGUUCGCGGGGGCGAAGCGGAUCCUGGGCCGCAAGGUCUCGGCGCGCGACUGCGCCAACGCCACGAAGCGCAUGGUGGCCUGGGCAAAGCUCGGGUCGACGCGGCACGCCAUCUACCACGCAUUUCGGCUGCUGCACCGCGUGCUGGUAGAGCCGCAGCAGCAGCAGCGGCGGCAGCCGCCCGUGCCCGGCGCUGCCGCAGGAGGCGGUGGCUGCUACUCGAUCAAGGACGAGCCGGACCCCCACCGGCCGUGGAUCAUGUACUUUGCUGUGCUGACGAUUUGGACGUUUGUGCAGGCGCUGGGCCGCUCGACGGGCAAGCCGCUGGCGCUCCAGUCGCCCACCAUGGCGAGCACCACGCACGCACGCAUGGCCGAGUACCUGUCCCGCGUCGCGGCGCUGCCGGAGCUCGACGAGCGGUCGGCGAGCAGGCUGCACGACGGGCUGCCGGACCUGCUAGACGUCAUGGUGGGGAUCCUAGACGAGGUCGACACGGAGCUUCUCGUCGAGGCGCGAAACAGACUGCGCGUGUGCAAGGAGAUGAUUACCGGCGGGCCUAGGUGA